CCCGGUGGAAAGUUGUCAACAGCGGGAGGGCCGCGGGUCCCGGGGACCGAGGGAAGGGGCUGAUUGUGAAGCGGCGAGGCGAGUUUGGAGCGGGUUAUAGGGGAGCGGCGAUGGCGGCAGCGGCGGCGCGGGGCCUGCAGCGUGGAGGGGCCUCACGGUCGGCGCUGGCGGCGGAGGAGGAGAGGCAGCGGCGAGGAGCCUGACAGGUCGCUUCUGUUUCUCAACGAAGAAAAAACCCCCCAAACCUCUGGAGAGUUCUGGCCGUGCCCGGUGCGAGGGCCAGGGGAGAUUUCCAUCGGCUGCCACGGUGUCUCCGUCCCGGCCAAUCGCUGCCUGAAAGCCGCCUCCUCGCCUCGCAGCACCUUCCGGCGGAGAUGUGGAGGAAUUCUGUCGGCUCCCAGGAUGCUGGCGGGGACUGAGACCGGCGCCUGGUAACGCCCGACGAGCUUGAGGGAGUCUGGGAGAGGGUGUCCGCAGUUAUCCUUCCCUCCCACCCUCCCUCUCUCUCACACACACCCUUCCUGCACCAUUUGGAGAGCGAGUGUGUGUGUGUGUGUGUGCCUUCCUACCGUCGGGCGAUGUGGACAGUGAGGAGCUGAGGGGGCGCGGGGAGCCGCGGCGGAGAUGAUUGGCAAGAAGAAGAGUGGCUUCCAGAUCACCAGCGUCACCUCGGAGUACGAAGGCAGCACCGGCGGUGAAGGGCUGAGAGAGCCGCUGGGCGGCGAGGCGGAGGCUGUGGUGAACGGGGGUCCGGCUGUGGGCCCCUCCGCCGACCCCGAGCUGCCGGGCAAAGACGGCCGGACUAAGCCGCCCCCGGCAACGGCGGGACAAGGCGCCGCCGGCGGGGAGGUGCCAAAGGAGACUGGGACGGCGGCCGCGGGGACGCUGCCCGGGACCAGGUCCCCCCCGCCGCCGGCCCCCAGCCCCUGUGGCUCCCGCUUCCGGGUGGUGAAGCUGGACCACGGGCUGGGCGAGCCGUACCGCCGCGGCCGGUGGACCUGCGUGGACCUGUACAUGGACCGCGAGCUGGACGCCCACGGGCUGGCCAAGGCGCUGGCCGGGAGCCGGCACGUCAACUCGCUGGACUCGCACCCGGAGCUGGGCGCCCUGCUGGCCCACCGGGCGGUCAGCCAGCUCCGGCCCCGGCCCCACGCCCCCAAGAGCCAGGGCUCCCCCCUGGGCGAGAGCCUGCCGGCGCCGCUGGGCACCGACCCCCUGCAGGUGCUCCUGCAGGCCGCCCGCACCCUCAGCCUGGACUCUCCGCCUGCUCCCCAGGAGAAAGGGGACCCAGCGGCGACGCCUCACCCUGCCAACCAGUCACACGGAGCCAAGGCCGGUGCCAGGGAGACCACCUCGCCCCCGACCAAUGUGAAGCAGCCCUCCUCGGGAGAUCAGGGAGGACUGAGAAAGUGGUUCCAGCAGCAGCAUGGUCGCCAUCGACAACAAGAUCGAACAGGCCAUGGACUUGGUGAAGAGCCACCUGAUGUACGCCGUGCGCGAAGAGGUGGAGGUGCUGAAGGAGCAGAUCAAGGAGCUGAUCGAUCGCAACAACCUGCUGGAGCGGGAGAACACCCUGUUAAAGUCACUGGCCAGGCCGGAGCAGCUCUCCCAGCUCCAGUCUCAGCUCCAGAGUACAGUCAGCACCGCCACUGGGUCAUCGGGCUCCUCACCCCCCACCAGCACUGCCUGAGGUGGGGGGGGAGAGGUGGCACAGCGCAGCUGAGCGCUCAGUACUGGGCGAGGGGAGGUGGGGAGGGGAGAGGGGUGGUCCUGUUCCUAACCCCCUCCUCACCACCACUCCCCACCCCCACCCCUUCAAAAAAACACUACGCACUAGAGCACGUCAAACUGUCGGGCCGGGGGGGGAGGAUCAUGUGCUGACACUCCAGCCCGGGAGGCCACAGGAUGCAAAGUAUUUCUGAACGGACUGAUGGGUGUGAUGCUGCUAACCCUGGUAUUCGCUGCCUUUUUAAUAAGACUGUGUGCGGGUGGGGAGGGGGGGCGUCGGACUGGCUGCUUUCUCCUGCAGGCGACUCCAGGCCCGGGCGGAGGUUGUAGAAUGAGGUGAGCUCCUCUUCAACCCCUGCACUGCUGCCUGUCUGUCUACACUCACUCACUCACUCACUCGCUCGUUCGCACUCUCUCUUUCUCUCACAAUCGCUUUCAUUUCCUGUCUUUCUCUCUCUCUCUCUCUCCUCCCUUGUUCCUCACUCCCACCUUCCCUCAGGAUUGGGAAUCCAAUGAGUGAGCAUGUUCAUGGAGAUGGGAUAUGGAAGCAGUGUUUGGUUGGGAUGAAUGGAGAGGGAGCGUGGGUGGGUGUUGGGAUGUGAAAUCCUUCCCACCCACCCCCACUGUCCCACAUUGCCCUCCUCCCUCAAGUUGUUUGGGGACAGUCACCCCAUAUCCUCCCCCCACCACCACCGCCCGCUAGCCUCACGUCGAUGUACAGGAUUCCCACUGAGCGGGUUGGACAGAGGGAGCGCCCCGUCACACACGGCUUUUGUAAUUGUUUGUUCAAACUGAUACAGAAAAGCCUUACCUUACCUCACUCAGCAGCGCCAGCCAAUUGCUUCCCCAAAGCGCCUGACGAAAUGUUUUUCCACCAGCCUGGCCCCACCUUGAGGAUGGGUCUGAGCCCCACCCAGGACCCCUGUCAAGCAGAGGAAGCUGGUGACGCCACCCCGCCCCAGCUAGUGCCCUCGCGGGGCAUCUUCGGGCCCCAUUUAGCCAACCCCAGGAAGGGUGGCAGCAGAUUGGAGCUGGGGGUUGGAGAGUAGGGGCCUUCCUGUUCCCAGCUUGUCUCUGAGCCUUGACCCACUCUUCCUGCCACAUACGGACGCCCUCUGGGCGGUCAGGGGGUGAGAGAGAUGGCUCCGCUCUGAUCCACGCCUGCCAGGGUGCCCAGAGGUCAGCUCUGGCUUCCUCCGUCCGGUGAUGGAAAGGCCCACACACGAGCCUGGGGAGAGAGUGGGCACUGGCACAGAGACUUAACGUGUCUGAGGGGUUCCCCAUGCCUGUACGCCAAGGUCAUGGGUAUCUGCAGAGAGGCGGGAGGUCAGUCAGAGGGCCAGGCUUCGAGGGUCUCUGGAGGUGGGAAUGAGAUUAAAACAUCCCCGCUCCCUCUCACCCCCACCAGUUUAGGAGAGAUGAAACAACACCAGCUUUACUCAAAUCCUUUACUCUCUCUCCCUCUCUUUGUCUGUCUCUCUCUUUCUCUGUCUCUCUCUCUCUUUCUCUCUCUCUCUCCCUGUCUCUUUUUCCCUUUCACUCUGUCUCUCUCUUUCUCUCUGUCCGUCUCUCCUCUCUUUCUCUCUCUCUUUCUCUCACUCUCCCUCUCUGUCUCUUUCUCUCUUUCUUUGUCUCUCUUUCUCUCCCUCUCUGUCUCUCUCUUUCUUUGUCUCUCUUUCUCUCCCUCUCUGUCUCUCUCUCUCUCUCUUUCUUUCUCUCUCUCUCUCUGUCUCUCUCCCCCUCUCUCCCUCUCUGUCUCUCUCUCUCUCUCUCUUUCUUUCUCUCUCUCUCUCUGUCUCUCUCCCCCUCUCUCCCUCUCUGUGUCUCUCUCUCUCUUUCUUUCUCUCUCCCUCUCUGUCUCUGUCUCUCUCUUUCUUUCUCUCUACCUCUCUGUCUCUCUCUCUCUUUCUUUGUCUCUCUCUCCCUCUCUGUCUCUCUCUCUCUCUUUCUUUGUCUCUCUUUCUCUCCCUCUCUGUCUCUCUCUCUCUCUCUCUCCCUCCCCCACUCUCUCUGUCUCUCUCUCUCUGUCUAGUUUACAUACCUACAGCCUUUAUUGACUGAGGGAUCAGUGAAUGAGGCGAUGCAAUCCGUUUUGUUCUCGAGGAGUGUGGUUUUUGACCUUUCCUCGGCUUCGAUCGGGGCUUAUCUGUUUUGAAUAAUCACUGGUUCGAUUCCGUGGGGCGAGAGCAUGAAACCGGGCGACAGAAGAUACGCUUUGUAAUAUUUACGAGCGGUGCAUUUGGUUUCGGAGAUCGUCCCAAACCUUUCUUUUGGAAUGAGGAGGGAAAGGAGCCCAGGGCUCCUCGCGGGGGAUGCUUCAAAAUCUGAACCUGGCUGUGGUCGCUCGGUGAGAGACUGGUGCUGCGGCUCCCCCUGCAGUGUGCGCUCAUUCGGAGCGUGGAAUCCCAAGCUUAGGGCUUCGAGCUGGAAAGGAGGACUCGCUCAGAGAGAGUAGUCUUGUGCUCGGUUGGUCGGAGGAGCUGGAUCGAAGGCAACAUGUGAGUGGUGCUAGGAGUGGGUUGGAGGGGCUGGUUAAAGGUGGACGGGCAGAAUGCCAGGACACAUGCCUGAGGCUCCACAGGUUCAGUAACUCCUGCAGCUGAGCAGGGUGUACCAGUGACUGGGUUUGAUACUGGGAGGGAGAGGGUAAGGACAAUUCAGUCACUGCCCUGGCUGGAGGGGUGGGGAAGGGGGAGAGCUGCACUGUGCCAGAAUGUUGUCUGCGGAUCGUCCCGUUACACCAGGACGAGUGCCCUCGGGUGCAGAGGAAGGGGGGGGGGGUCUGUCUGCUCAAGAGUUUGGGAGCCGAGGGGAGGAGGCGCAGCCACCAGGGCACGUGUGUGAGACCGGACGGUGCAGCUCUGAGCGGCUCCUUGGUGCUAUUUGACAGCGGAAGGAGGGGGCUCCCUCCAUCCAGCACCAGCCCCCUCCCGUUCUCAUCCUGCCACUGAGUUGUGGAGAGUCCCGGAGGAUGCUCACUCUCUGGCCAGAGUCCUGGGGGAGCUUGUGGAGAUCAGCAGGGAGUGGACAUUUUAUUCAGCCCAGCAAUAAUGACUUACUGUACCCUGCAGUGACAUCCAACUGGAUGGAGCUGGGGCAGAGAUUCUUUCCUAAAAAUCACCCCGCCCGCAGCUCUGCUGACUAACCGAUUUGAUUAAUUGUUGGGAGUCAGGGUAAUGAAGAUUGUCACCGGUCUGUACCGUGAUUUCUGCUCGCUCUGUGGGGGGGGGUGAUCUCACCGAACGGUACCGCGCUGUAUCUAACCCCAUGUGUACAGCACCAUCUUUAUUUGCUCCGCCAACUUAUCGUUUUGGGGUUUUUUUUCUAUGGAUGACAAAAAAAAAUCUCGUAAUUAAAAUCGAAAAGCACAAUGCAA